CUGAAAUAGAACCUUGGCAGCGUCAGUUGGAAUCAGACAGUUGGAAAGCAACAUUUUGAGCUUCCGCCCGCAAUGGCCUCUUCUUAGCAACACGCUAUUCACUUUAACAUCCGUCCCUACCACUCCAUCGUUAUUGAAAACGAAAAAGUAAAAGAGAUAAAAAUGGAGGAUUCCCCAACAUCUCGUCGAAGCAGAAAGGCAAACUUAUCAUCGUCCGACAUUUACGCCACUAUGGUCCGAAAAGACGACGUCGACGACGACGAUUCACUUCCUCCUUUACUUAAACGCUUACCUAAAGAUUUUGGCGGGGACCCCACCUUGAAUUCGGACGAUGAUCAGUACGACGAGGGGGCAUCUGUCUCCGGUACUAUGAUUGUCAAAACGUCGAACAGUUCGAGGGCGAGUCGUCCGCCGGCUCAAUUUUGGGAUCGAACUCAGAAGAGGGAUUAUAAUGACAAUGCGGCGUCGUAUAGGAGGAGAUUUGAGGAGGAGGAGGAAGAAGAAGAGGGGAACUUUUCGACGUUUGUGGUGAGGAAAGGGGCGGACGAGGAUGAAGAGGAGGAAGAAGAGGAGGAGGAAAUGGGAUCGGGGACGGUGGUGAGGAGGACGAGGAGGAAGAAGAGCCGCGGUGGAGGAAAUGGGAGUGGAGGUGGGACGAUGAGUAGGGCAGUGGCCAGUAUGCAGGCGGUUGGGGAGAUUGGUGGUGGAUUUGGCAGGCAGAGGAAAAGUGGCAGUGGUGGUGCUGGUGGGACGGUGGAGGAGGGUGGUGGUGGGGAUCGGUUUAGACGGAAUGGAAGUGGGAAAGUGUCCACAAGUUCAAUUCCGGAGAGUGUGACGAAGGAAGAUCCCACAACUAAGUAUGAAUUGCUGCAUGAGCUUGGGAAGGGAUCAUAUGGUGCUGUAUAUAAGGCUCGGGAUAAGAAAACUUCAGAGUUGGUUGCUAUCAAAGUAAUAUCUUUGAGUGAAGGGGAGGAGGGGUAUGAAGAAAUUCGAGGCGAAAUUGAGAUGUUGCAACAAUGUAAUCAUCCUAACGUUGUUCGCUACCUUGGGAGCUACCAAGGAGAAGAGUAUCUAUGGAUAGUGAUGGAGUAUUGUGGAGGUGGCAGUGUUGCUGACUUGAUGACCGUUACAGAUGAAUCUUUGGAGGAGUAUCAAAUAGCAUUUAUUUGUAGGGAAGCAUUAAAGGGUCUAUCCUAUUUGCACUCGAUCUUCAAGGUACAUAGAGAUAUUAAAGGCGGUAAUGUUUUGUUGACUGAACAGGGAGAGGUCAAGUUGGGUGAUUUUGGAGUUGCUGCACAAUUGACAAGGACUAUGUCCAAACGCAACACGUUUAUUGGCACACCUCAUUGGAUGGCUCCUGAAGUUAUUCAAGAAAGUCGUUACGAUGGGAAGGUUGAUGUGUGGGCUCUGGGAGUGUCUGCAAUAGAAAUGGCAGAGGGCUGUCCACCAAGAGCCACUGUUCAUCCAAUGAGGGUAUUGUUUAUGAUAUCGAUAGAACCAGCUCCAAUGCUUGAGGACAAAGAGAAAUGGUCUCUUGUUUUCCAUGACUUUGUAGCAAAGUGCCUUACUAAGGAUCCAAGGCUUCGUCCUACUGCAGCUGAGAUGCUAAAGCACAAAUUUAUUGAAAGAUGCAAAAGUGGAGCGUCUACAAUGCUGCCCAAGAUUGAGAAGGCAAGGCAGAUCAGGGCAUCCAUGGCGUUGCAAGCUCGAACUGUUACUCCAUCUUUACCUGGAGAGACUCCUUUGGGUAGUCCAAAAUUGAAUGAAGACUAUGGAGAUACUGUCCCAUCAAAGCCUCAGAACUUUGCUAAUGGGAUAGCUUCGGGACCUAUAGCUGAUAGGAUGGAACCAAAUAUGGAAGGUGAUUUUGGCACUGUCAUAGUUCGGGAUGGUGAAAUGGAUAUGACAACCAUACGUAGUACCUCUCUGACUAAUGCAGAAGAACCUUUGCCUGCUUCAGGACAAAUUGGAAGUCCAUACAUCAGUAGCGGCAGAGACAAAGCUAUAGAAUCCAGGGCGAGUGGCACAAUGAGAGUCCCUUCCCCCGUUGAAGGAUCUAUAUCUGUUGCACAGCCCUCUCAAACAUUCCCUCUUUCAAUCGUUGGCCCUCCUGAGCAGAAGCUUGAUGCAAAAAGCAGUGCCCAAGCAACUGUAGUUGCUGCUGCCGGCAUGAGCAGCAGUUCAUUUAUGAGUGAAACUGUAAGCCGGAAGGCAUUAGAUAAGCUGUGGUCAAUAUAUUCAGCUGGCAACACUGUGCCCAUUCCAUUUCUUAGGGCAACAGAUAUAUCGCCUAUUGCUCUUUUAUCUGACAAUGUACUUGGAGGCCCGAAACUGGAUGAUAGUGGAAGUAUAGCUGUUGAAGCAAUUCAGGAGCUUUUCACUAGUGAUGCUCAGUCUAAAAAGGGCCGAAAUAGACAAACUGAGGUACCCUUACCUCCCAGUGUGUGCCAGAGACUAACUUCGAGUCCUACUCUGAUGAAUCUCGCUCAGGCCCUAGCUUACCACAAGAUGUGUUAUGAGGAUAUGCCACUUCAGGAAAUGCAAGCAGCGCAAGAGCAGCAAACCAUCCAGAAUCUUUCUGAUACGCUUAGAACCAUUUUGAGAUUAUAGUUGACAGUAGAAAUUCCAAUGUCGUGUCCCAACUCUCUCAGUCUCGCAAAAUUUUGUUAUGAAAUGUUCUUUCUUUCGUGUUCCCCUGAUUUUGCUGGUCUAUCGGAGACUCUGUUGUAGAGUUGUAGCUUUACUGCUGCCAUGUAUAUUCAAUUAAUUUUUUCCGGAAUUAUUAUGUAAAUAUAUUUUAGCGUUUCUGAUA